GUGUAUAAUCAUCGGACGGAAUUAGGGAUUUUGACUUAAUUUUGACGAAAAUUGGGGAUUUUUGGAUCGAUUUGGGAAUGCAGUACCAAUCGGAGGCGCAGAGCUACUACUCGUCGGCGGCGGCGGCGGUCGGCGGAGGCGGAGGGGCGGCGACGGCGGAUCCGUACGAGAGCGUGCUGCGGCUGGCGUCGGGCAGCGCGGUGGUGAUAUUCAGCGUGAGCACGUGCUGCAUGUGCCACGCGGUCAAGAGGCUUUUCUGCGGGAUGGGUGUGAACCCGACGGUUUACGAGCUGGACCAGGACCCCCGCGGCGACGAGAUCGAGCUGGCGCUGUCGCGGAUGCUCGGCGGCGGCUCCGCCGUGCCGGUGGUGUUUAUCGGCGGGAAGCUCGUCGGCGCGAUGGAGAGAGUCAUGGCGUCGCAUAUCAACGGGACCUUGGUCCCGCUCCUCAAGGAAGCCGGAGCGCUCUGGCUUUAAUUAAUUAAUUAAUUUUAUUAAUAUUAAUAUUUUGGAAAAUUAAUUUUAUAAUAUAUAUAUAUAUAUAAUCUUGCAUGGUGGGCCUUUUGCUCCUCUGUAAUAUUUUCCAUUUGGAUAAUUAAUUAAAUUUUGAUGUGUUAGGGAGUUGGAAAAAAAACUAAAAUUUUAAAAAUUAAUACGAUGCUCUAGCAGCUCUACUCUGUCUCUAUAUAUGUUCCUUUGUAAAAAUUUAAUUUCAUUUUAAUGUACUUAUUGUUAA